AUGAAUGAAUGAAUGAAUGAAUGAAUGAAUGAAUGAAUGAAUGAAUGAAUGAAUGAAUCUGAUGGAAGGAAAAAGAGCCGUAAACCAAAUAUAAACACUACAAAAGAUUUUCUUGGAGCUAUUUCUUUGUCCUCGAAAAGUUUCAGCAUUUCCAAAAAGGUUCAAAUGUGCGCAAGAAUAGAAUAAAGCUUCUCACUCACUAUUCAGUACAGACUUUGAUCAAGGCCAAACAAUGCUAUGGCAAAAAAAGAAUGUCCCACUCCAACCCUGAAAAUAACUUCGAAAGCAGGGUACAAGCAUAAUGACAAUCGGGCCAAGCACGUUUUCUUGCUUCUGCUUCAAAGUCACCAAACACCACACAUGAAGGCCGGAGCCGGGAUCAAACCCUGCACGGCGAGCCGGAGGUGUUUACUACCGGUGUCCCACCGAGCCGCCCCCUCCAUACAACAGCGCGUGAAUCAUUUAUUGUAGACUUGGGAAAUGGAUCCAUCCAUGCAUCCAUCCAUCCAUCCAUCCAUAUCCAUCCAUCCAUCCAUCCAUCCAUCCAUCCAUUUUGUGUAGCGCCUAACCUGCCUAACCUGCCUAACCUGCGUACCAUUGUUCAUUUUUCUCUCUUGAAAAUGUCCUGUAUUCCGUGUUGAUGAAUGACAUGAAUGUGUUUUGUCUGGGUGGUUGUUGCAGAGCUCCCACCCUCCCUCACUCCCUCCCUCCAGCAGCUGACAAAGCAAGAAUGCAAUGUCGGAGCCACUCUAGCGUGGGCUGGUUUAUUUAAGCUGUGACCACUGAUCGAGCCACACAAGCAUAAGAUUAAGAGCAUCAGGAGGUUUUCUUCUUGACUUGAGCUCACAUAGAAUGGCUCGUUAUGCAACGUUAUAUUUUGGCAUGGUCGGCCUUUGCGUUAUUUCCUCAAUUAGCUCAAUGGAUGAAGACAAGUUCCUCAACACGACAUCCGUAACAAACUUGAUCGUGUCGUCAUAUCAAGAAGGUCUACAAAUGCUUGUUGAAAAAGCUUUUCAAUCCAGACAAAGACGGAGUUCACGUGCGCCUUUCCUCGGCGGCUUUACGUUUGGUCACCAAGCUGAGCCAGAGACCCUGGAGAUAGGACGUGCUGCCGAGAUUUUCCACUCAACUCUGCAAGUCCUUGACCAAAAAUGGAAGCAGAGGUACAAAAGGGAUAUCAGAGAAACAGGUUUGCUUUCGUGGGAGCAUGUGGAGCUUCUGGCAGAGCUGUCAGGAUGUCCGCCUCCAGCGCAUCCAGCUAUCUGCCAACACAGUUACCUCAGCAAGUAUCGGACCAUAAAUGGCGUGUGCAACAACAGGUACAAUCCUUUCUGGGGCGCAGCCAACAUUCCUUUGAUAAGGUGGCUUCCAGCACAAUAUGAAGAUGGAGUGCGACAACCCAAAGGUUGGAACGCAGGAAGGUUCUAUCAUGGAUUUGAGCUUCCCACGCCAAAGGAAGUGAGCAAAAAGAUCAUGGGGAGCUCUGUCAAAUGUGAAGAUGAUACCUACUCGCAUAUGCUUGUGGAGUGGGGCCAGUACAUUGACCACGACAUAACGUUGACCCCUCAAAGCCCCGCCGGGAAGCCUGGAGACGACGACGACUGCCUGAACUCUUGUCAAAAUGUGCAUCCCUGCUUUCCCAUCCAGGUACACGACAAGGCCCCGAACAGACAAAGCUGCCUGCCUUUCAAUCGCUCUUUAGCGGCCUGCUUCAAUGGCUUGGGGCCUGACGUCUCGCAAGCCUUGCAGCGACAGCAGAUGAAUUCCAUCACCUCCUUCAUUGACGCUUCAGUCGUGUAUGGCUCCAGUCCCAAAGUGAACAGGUUUCUGCGAGACCUCGGCGGCUUUAACGGGAAACUGACUGUCAACGAGCACUUUCGGGACCCCCAAGGAAGAGCCUACUUACCUUUUGAAGAAUCCCUGCAAUCCGUCUGUCUCGGCGGGCGGGAAAAGGCGGCAUGUUUCCGCGCUGGAGACGGUCGAGUCAACGAGGGUCUGCCUCUGAUCGCUUUGCACGUUCUGUGGCUGAGGCAACACAAUCGAAUAGCCCAGACACUUCGGCAGCUCAAUGCUCACUGGAAUGCGGAGACCGUCUAUCAAGAAACGCGCAAGAUUAUCGGGGCGCUGCACCAGAUGAUAACCAUGAGAGAUUAUGUCCCCAAAAUAAUUGGUCAAGAGUUUUUCGACAAUUACAUUGGACCGUAUGGAGGAUACGAUCCAACCGCGGAUCCAUCCGCCUCAAAUGUUUUUGCCACGGCGGCGUUCCGCUUCGGUCACGCAACCAUCUCCCCGGUCGUCAGGAGACUCAACCAGAGCUACCGGGAACAUGAAUUUUUCCCCAGUUUAAAGCUGCACGAUACCUUCUUCAGUCCAUGGAGGAUCAUCGAAGAAGGCGGAAUUGAGCCAAUCCUUCGAGGUGCGGUCGGAGAGGAAGCGGCCAGCAUCCUUCCGAACAAAUUGCUGGCGGAUGAGCUGACCGAGAGGCUGAUUGUUUUAGCUGUUCCACAAGACAUGGACCUGGCUUCACUGAACCUGCAGAGAGGGCGAGAUCACGGUCUGCCAGGAUACAACGACUGGAGAGAUCUUUGCGGACUGGAGCGCAUAAGGACGCUGGAAGACUUGAAGCAGGUUGUGAGUGACGCCAGUGUUGCAGAGAGGAUACUUCAAGUGUACAAGCACCCUGACAACAUUGACGUAUGGCUGGGGGGACUGGUUGAGACCUUUCUGCCAGGCUCAAGAACCGGUCCUCUAUUUGCGUGCCUGAUUGCAAAACAGAUGAAAGCGCUUCGUGACGGCGACAGAUUUUGGUGGGAAGCAGAGGAGACUUUCAGCCAAGCGCAGAGGAAGGAACUUGUCAAAGUUUCACUGUCUAAGAUCAUCUGUGACAACAGUGACAUCACAGAGGUCCCACCGGAUGCCUUCGUAUUGGGAAAGUACCCCUCGGGUUACGUCUCGUGUGACACUUUACCACCAAUGGAUUUGGAGGCGUGGCGAGAGGAAGAAAGUCAAGAUUUAAAGCGCUGCGGCUCUCCGGGACAGAUCGACAAUGGCGAUUACAUCCUGCUCAAGCUAGCUGGCAAAUUGGUAACCCUGUACUCUUGUUACCAUGGCUUUCAAUUAACCGGCGGCGAUGCCUUGAUUGCUUGUGAAGGAGAUCAGUGGAGCGACAAACUUCCACAUUGUGAAGAUAUUUUGUGAAACGUAAGUGAUGAAUAUCGGAUAGCGAAACUUUUCCAAUACGUUCAAGUGGCCGCCUUCUAUCAAGUGAUUGUUUGUUUUUAUGACCAAAGCAACAUUUGUGCACCUUCUUCUCUACAUUAAGAAUGACUUAAGAAUCACGACGAGCGGGUUCUAUCUUUAGCAAGCUUUCCGAUGACAGGAAAAAGAUUGGGAAAGAAGUUGUGAAUGUUCUGGGGUGAUAUUGGUCAAGAAUUGCCUUUUUUUCCGCAAAUAUCUAACGCGCAGUGGUGCAAAGAAAAUAAGGCUGCUGCUACACACAGAUUUUGCGUAAAUGCCCAACAGUCAUUUAUGAGUGAAUGAGGCCCAAUGAAGCGUGCUUUUCUUCUUCUUCUUCUCCUCCUCCUCCUCAUUCAUCUUCCUUCUUCAGGUACACAUGGAAAUUUGCAUCCACUGGAAAAGAAAGGCAUUGUCAAAGUGCGUCGAAACACCCUCUUGGGUGAUGUUUCAUACCUCCGAUUCCGGAAGUGUCAUGGUCGUUCCAUCAGAAAAACGAUUGAAGAUUUCUAAUGCGGACAAAGAUAAAAAGCAAUUGGUCAUGACAAAGUAUGGUUGUGCAUCUUGUGUCAUAUCCCAAUGCACCCACUUUUCAUAGAAACAAGACGAAGAGCAAGAGUGAUGAAGUUCUCCAUGGUUAUAUGUCCAGAGGAAGUCCCAUAGCGCAAAGUCAACACUUUCAGCAUGUUAUCACUGACCCUGAUUCCUGAACAGACACACAUAGGAGGAAUGUCAAUGCUCCCGUUUCUGACUUCUAUGGCCGUCAGGUGGGCCCACAGAAUACGUACCUAAAUUAAUGGCAGCAUUCUUCAGCUCACUCAGUGUAACGGUUCCAUUUGUUGACACGUCAAUACGUCGGAAAAGAUCCUGGAGAAAGCCAUGGAGUGGACCUAACUUGAGCUCAAGCCAAACUGUCAAUCGCUUCAUUUUUACAAAUGCCUUUCUAUACCUUGUACUUGGCAACCUUCUUCCACAAACUAUAAAGUUCCCCAGCAUUCA